AAUACUUCAAUGGAAUUUUGAUGAUAAUACAAAAUUUUUAUUAAACAACAAUUCUUCAAUACCGAAAAUUAGUAUUACAAUGCUAAUGUUAUUAUAUAAAGAUUUUUAUAUAUUAUUGGAUAAUCUGGAUUUAUCAGAAGAGAUGAUGAAUAAAGAAAAAACUUGGUCAACUUAUAUUCCAUUACUUUAUUGUAUAAAUCAAAUUAUUGAACAUCAUCCAAAUAUAAAAGGUCUUCAUUUAUUUGAUAUUGUUUCACAACGUAAUUAUGGAACUUGUUAUAUGCCUAUUGAGACAAAUCAUUUAUAUGGUAUAUUAAAGCGUGCUGGUAAUAAUCUAGUUGUAGGAAUUUUAAAAACACAAUUGGGAGAUUCUGCAAGAAGUAAUUGGGCUCAAAUUUUUAAUAUACAAAAAUAUGGUGAAAGGUUUCAAUGUUGUAUUGAAACAGACUUAGUUGUUAUUGGACUUGAUCUGGGUAGGAAGAAUCUAUGUGUAACUGUUGAUUAUAAUGAAAGGGUUAUACAAAUUG